CAUGGCUUUCAUAAUUGAUGAUACUGACACCGUCAGCGCCUCUAAGUUUCAGGAAGUAAAAACCUUUCUUGUCAGUCUUGUAAACAAAAUGUUAAUUGGUGAUAAUGCGAUCAAAGUAGGGAUUGUGACGUAUGGUGACGGAGCUGCGACCAGUUUUCCACUCAAGCAAUAUUCAACUGCAUCAGAUGUGAUGAGUGCUACUAAAAAUCUCGCCCAAGGAAAUUUAGCUUAUAGUAGAACUCUGCGCUGUUUAGAAAAAGCCAUCUCAUACACUCAGUAUGACUUCUUUACUAAAGAAAAUGGAGACCGUGCGGAUGCAAUUAAUUUCUAUGUCGUACUUACGUACGGGGGAACUUAUGGAUCCAAUUUUACAGAAUAUAUAUCAGCAUUACAGUGCAAUACCUCGAUCGAUAUUUUUAUAUUUGGUGUUAAUAUAAAUUCCAUUGACGACGCAGACUAUCAGGGGGCUGUCAGCCAGGGGAGAUACAAGAAGGCUACCAGCUUCACCGCCCAUGAAUGUGACAGUACCGUGUUCACCACCAUCACUCAAUGUCAAGGACUGGCCUCUACCCCUACCACUUGUACAACCGCUACUUCAGAUAUAACUACAGAUUCAUCUACUACCCAUGCUGCUAAUAGCACUUCUGAUGAGAAGAAGCGGAGUUCUGUCGUGAAUUGGACCAUUAUCAUCAUUAUCAUCCAAAUCACAGUCCUGGUUCUAGGAAGCGCCAUAUUUGCAUUUGUGUGUAAAAGAUGCAAUAAAGGUGGACGGAUUGAUAAAAGAACGGCAACAGUCUCCCACUAUGACAAUGUUGAAGAUCUUGAUCAUGUACAUGGAUCUAUAGUAACAGACAAAGACAAAGUGAAGAAAUCUCCCAGAUGAAAGAAGAUAGUAAAUACAAAGAUCCUAAGAAGAGAGGUUCCAGCACUUCAAAUGCAGCAGUUUCGAAGCGGAAAAUGCCAUGAAAUUACUUAAUAUCAAAGAAUAAAAUUGUGGUGGCUACAAGAUAGGUCUGUUAGUGACUUUAAAAAUUAAGGCACAGGCUGGCACCUUAUCAGAAAAAAGAUAGCUGUCAAAGUGACAAAGAAAACACAGGGCAUGGACAUUGCUAACUUUAAAACUUCUCGAAGAAUAAUUGAAAAUAUUGAUAGUUCAGGAAUUCGACGAUCGCCAAUUCAAUGUAAAAUGAUCGCCAAUAUCUUGAGAGAAAUUUUUAGGCAUUUUGGAGUCGCCGUAGUUGUCAAUUUUAAUUAUUCCGAUUUCUGAGAGAGAUAGUGUUCAUGUUUACGAUUGAAAUAUUUCUCUGGGUGCUUAAUUUGUGUAGAGAAGAGGUUUUGAGAGCUGGGGGUUGGGUCGUAAGCACCGGCUUAACACCGAAUGAAUAAAGACUUAAGAAAAAUGUA